GUUUCAGCAUAACACUCUCAGUCUGGUUCACCCAGAGUGCAGAGAGCUGCCCGACCCUCUGCUCCCCCUCAUACAGCCAGACGUCACACAGCAGAGAGUUCUGACCAGACGGUCCAGACGGUUCAGUCCAGGCUGUGGUUCCUCUCGACCCGACUGAUGGAGAAGGAGAGCCGGCCGUCGUGGGAUAAUCCCAUGCAGUUCAUUCUGGCAUGUGUUUCGUACGCCGUGGGUCUUGGGAAUGUCUGGCGAUUUCCGUAUCUCUGUCAAAUGCAUGGAGGAGGGGGCUUCAUGAUCCCCUACCUGGUCAUGCUGGUUCUGGAGGGCAUCCCCCUUUUCUGCAUGGAGUUGGCUAUUGGACAGAAGAUGCGCUUGGGCAGCAUCGGAGCCUGGAGCGCCAUCAGCCCGUACCUGGGCGGAGUAGGUAUGGCCAGUGUGGUGACCUCGCUGUACCUGUGUCUGUAUUAUAAUGUGAUCAACGCCUGGAGCUUCUGGUAUCUCUUCCACUCGUUCCAGGCGGUGUUGCCGUGGUCACAGUGUCCGGUAAACACUAACCGGACGGCGUUUGUGGAGGAGUGUGAGGUCGCAUCUCCGACACAGUAUUUCUUCUUCCGUCAAACGCUGAACAUCUCGCCGUCCAUCCAGCAGAGCGGCGGCGUCCACGUGGGCCAGGCGCUCUGCCUGCUGUUAGCCUGGAUCAUCGUUUACCUGUUUAUCGUCAGAGGAGUCAAAUCCACUGGAAAGGUCGUGUACUUCACCGCCACCUUCCCGUACCUGGUCCUGCUGGUGUACCUGAUCCGCGGGGUGACGCUGCACGGCGCUCUGAACGGAGUCAAGUACAUGUUCACGCCAAAGUUAGAGCAGCUGGCGAAUCCUCAGACGUGGAUUAAUGCUGCCACUCAGAUCUUCUUCUCGCUGGGUCUGGGGUUCGGUUCCCUCAUCGCGUUCUCCAGCUACAACCAUCACAAUAAUGACUUUGAGAAGCAAGCCAUCGCUGUGUCGCUCAUCAACAGCGGAACCUCCAUCUUCGCCAGCGUCGUCACCUUCUCCAUCUACGGCUUCAAAGCCACCUACAACUACGAGAACUGCCUGGAGAGGAUGAAGCUGCUGCUGAUCAAUACGUUUGAUCUGGCUGAAGAAUCCAUUCAUAAACAGAACAUCAGCUUCUGGAUCUCUGAGUUGAACCAGACCCACCCGGACCAGUUUGGACUGAUCUCGUCCCGUGUGGAGCACUGUAGCCUGGAGCAGGAGUUAGACACGGCGGUGGAGGGAACUGGUCUGGCCUUCAUUGUUUACAGUGAAGCCAUUACAAACAUGCCGGCUGCCCAGCUGUGGUCAGUGCUGUACUUCUUCAUGCUGCUGCUGCUGGGGAUGGGGAGCAUGCUGGGAAACGUGAUGGCCAUCAUAACCCCCCUCCGAGACUUUAAACCACUCGCCCGCAGCUUCAGCAACGAGACCCUGAACGGUCUGGUGUGUGCGUUCUGCUUGCUGCUGGGAAUCGGGUUCACCACGCCGGCGGGUAAUUACUGGUUUACGAUGUUUAAUGAAUACGGUGCAACAUUCUCUCUGCUCUUCAUCGUCCUGAUCGAGGUCUUCACCGUGUCCUACAUAUAUGGUCUAAAGAGGUUUGAGAAAGAUGUUGAGGACAUGUUGGGGCGGAGACCUGGUUGGUACUGGAAGGUGAUGUGGGCGGCGGUCAGUCCACUGCUGCUAAUUAGCCUCUUCAUCUUCUACAUCAUCAACUACAUCCAGGGAGGGGUGCCCACCUACCAGGCCUGGGAUAAGGAAAAGGGCAGGUUGGUGGUGACGGAGUACCCGGUGUUUGGCCAGGCCUUCAUCGGGGUUCUCCUGGUGUCAUCAGUGAGCUGCAUUCCCCUCGCUGCACUGUAUGCCUUCUGCACCCGACACCAGCGUGGAGUACCAGUCCGUAAAGGCUCUGCCCGCAGCAGGACGUCCAGCGUGUAGCACAACAGGAAGACACUAGGGGGACGAACCAGAGAACCUCUGCAUUGCUUUACUGCCUGACUUAACGUUCCGCGGGGCUGUAGAGUGAUACACUUGGUUCUCAGAUCCAAUUUACUCCUUCCAAACAAAAAACUGUAACAGUCCUCACAUUAAUCGUUUCACAGUGAUUGUACCUCCAUUUUCUGCUUUCAGAAUGCAUUAUUUAUUUCUUUUUUACAGCUUUAAAAAGUGACCUUAUGUAUGAGAAAGUCUAUAUUAAAUGCACGUAGUAUUAUUUUUGUUAUUAUUGUUACUGUUUGUAGGGCAGAGUGUCUUAGAGACAGUAUGGUCGCAUUAUGUAAGUGACGAUAACAUGGUUGUGAUAUUAGGAUGCUCUGCAGCAGCUCUAAAAUCAAUAACAAGAUCUGUUUAACUCUAAAUUGUGACUCAGCUGAUCUAAAAUCUGUAGAUUGAUGAAGCUCCGCUCAGUUGCUAAUUAAUAUUUUUUUUUUACAUAAAUAUUUGCACAGUGAAAGUCCUGCUGCAGCAUCACCGGGUCAGAAGUUCAUUCCCACUGCAGCACCACCAGGUUAUAGGUUUAGUCCCGCUGCAGUACCAUUUGAUCAGAGGUUUAGUCAUUCUGCAGCAUCGCCGGGUCAGAAGUUUAGUCAUGCUGCAGCAUCGCCGGGUCAGAGGUUUAGUCAUGCUGCAGCAUCGCCGGGUCAGAGGUUUAGUCAUUCUGCAGCAUCGCCGGGUCAGAGGUUUAGUCAUUCUGCAGCAUCGCCGGGUCAGAAGUUUAGUCAUGCUGCAGCAUCGCCGGGUCAGAAGUUUAGUCAUGCUGCAGCAUCGCCGGGUCAGAGGUUUAGUCAUGCUGCAGCAUCGCCGGGUCAGAGGUUUAGUCAUGCUGCAGCAUCGCCGGGUCAGAGGUUUAGUCAUGCUGCAGCAUCGCCGGGUCAGAAGUUUAGUCAUGCUGCAGCAUCGCCGGGUCAGAGGUUUAGUCAUUCUGCAGCAUCGCCGGGUCAGAGGUUUAGUCAUGCUGCAGCAUCGCCGGGUCAGAGGUUUAGUCAUUCUGCAGCAUCGCCGGGUCAGAGGUUUAGUCAUGCUGCAGCAUCGCCGGGUCAGAGGUUUAGUCAUGCUGCAGCAUCGCCGGGUCAGAGGUUUAGUGCCAUUUAAAAAAGAGUAACAAUCAUCAUAAAUAUGAAUUUUUAAUAAUGUAAUUAAUUGAAAAAAUAUGUGAUUAACAAAAGUUUGGUAUUAAAUAAAUGUGAUUAUGGUGAAGGGUUGGUCCAGAUUCUUUAUUGCUAGUUCUUUUAUUGCUUUAUUCUUUAUAAUGAGAAAAGUGUUUUUGUUUUGCAGUUUUUAUUAAUGAAUGCAUUAAUAGAUGGAUUAUUGAGUGAAUGAUUCAAUAAAUUAGUGAACUAUU